ACAGUACUACUAACUGCAGGAGCGCAAGUAUUUGGCUCGAAGUACUUUUAUACCUCCAAACUUCGCCGGAACGCUCAGAUUCGGGGGAAGUGUUGCGGUUCUCCGUGGUCACACUCGACUUCUCGACAGUCAGUGGAUCUUGAAUUUAGAAGCGCUUUUUGCUGCCAAGAUUGGGUGUGGCCAUGCCAUUUGGCUGUUUAACGAUUGGGGAAAAGAAGGAAUAUCACAAUCCUUCGGAUGUGACAGAUAAAUAUGACCUGGGCCAGAUUGUUAAAUCGGAGGAGUUCUGUGAGAUCUUCAGGGCCAAGGAUAAAGCAACUAUGAAAAUGUACACAUGUAAAAAAUUCCUUAAAAAAGAUGGGAGAAAAGUACGCAAGGCGGCCAAAAAUGAGAUCCUUAUCUUGAAAAUGGUGAGACAUCCCAACAUCCUCCAACUGGUUGAUGCCUUUGAGACCAAAAAAGAGUACUUCCUCUUCCUUGAACUUGCAACAGGCAGAGAGGUGUUUGACUGGAUUCUGGAUCAAGGCUAUUACUCGGAGCGGGACACUAGCAAUGUAGUGAGGCAGGUGCUGGAGGCGGUGGCUUACCUUCACUCCCUGCACAUCGUUCACAGAAACCUAAAGUUGGAGAACUUGGUGUACUACAACCGUCUAAAGCACUCCAAAAUCGUCAUCAGUGACUUCCACCUGGCCAAGCUGGAGAACGGACUAAUCAAAGACCCCUGUGGAACACCUGAAUACCUGGCUCCUGAAGUGGUCGGCAGGCAGCGAUAUGGGAGACCUGUUGACUGCUGGGCAAUAGGUGUCAUCAUGUACAUACUUCUGUCCGGAAACCCUCCUUUCUAUGAUGAAACCGAUGAUGACGAUUAUGAAAACCAUGACAAGAAUCUGUUUCGAAAAAUCCUUGCAGGCGAUUAUGAGUUUGACUCUCCCUACUGGGAUGAAAUCUCUGAUUCAGCUAAGAACCUGGUUGCUCGUUUGAUGGAGGUGGAUCAAGACCAGAGGCUGACGGCCCAGGAGGCUAUAAACCAUGAAUGGAUCUCUGGUGGUGCAGCUUCAGAUAAGAACAUCAAAGAAAAUGUUUGUGCACAAAUUGAAAAGAACUUUGCCAGAGCUAAAUGGAAGAAAGCUGUGCGAGUCACCACCAUCAUGAAAAGACUAAGAGUCCCAGAGCACAGCGAGGCUAGGUCCACUGCUCCUUCAGCUGAGGUGCCUGCAGACCCCUCAGCUCCCCAGGCUUCCAAUGAUCCCUCUGCGCCGUCAUCUGCUGCCGUGCCAGAGGCUGCUCCCAGUCCCAACACAGAGCAACCCACUGGAGAGGAAAAGAGCCAACAGGCACCACCCGCAGAAUCAACGGGAGAAGCCUCAUCUGAGGAGCUGAACCCGGAACCACAGGCAGCUGAACCCACAUCCCGUUGCAAUGGGGAAGCUUCUGCUUUGCUUCACACAGCUGCGGAGGCAAUGGAUGAGCAGGGUUAAAGGCCCCCAUAGUAACCACCUCCCGUUGUGAACUCCCAUUUCCCACUGACUCCUGCACAUUGUACAUUAGCUGCUAGCAUGGUGACACUGACUGCUUCUUUUUAACUUGCAGCAUUAGUAUCAUCUCAUUCAGACUGUGUGCUACCUUUCCUGAGCGCUGCCUUGUGUUUUUCUAACAUGUACAGCACUUUCACAUUUUGGUAGAUUAUUAAACUGUGUCUCCUUAAACUUGAGCUUUAGGCUGAAAUAUAUCAGCCGUCAAGCUUUCGACUCACACAUGAAGCCUGCUUGUCUUUAAAACUAGUAAUGAGUGUAAAUAUAUACAUAAGACUCUAUUAAAAACUGUUUUGAUUACUGGUUAAUAGGCCGGCUAGAGAAAAUUGCAGAAAUGAUGCCCCGUAGGCAGCCAUUAUAAUCUGUAAGAGCGGAUUCAAACACACUGAGAAAGAAAAGACCUCACAAAACAUUAGAACCCCUUGGACCUUUAUAUCCUUAGAAUACCUUACUGUACAUUAUAUUGGGAUUUUAUUUGAUGGAUCAGCUCAGAUUGGGGCUUAAUUUUGAAAUGGAAGGGAGGUAUUGAAGUCUUCUAAGUGUUUUAUAAAAAAUAUCUGAAAAUGUACCCAUUUCCUUUUGUAGAAUUGCACCAGCUUAGUCAGAUCGACUAGAGAGCAUCUGUGAAGUUGAACCUUGGCUUGAGCUUUGGAUCAUAUCAGUCUUUAGCCGGUCUUCGUUAAGGAUUGUCCUGUAUUUACUAACCAUAUCAAUCCUCCUACUAUCUCAGAUCAGCUUCCAUUACCUACUGAAGAAAAACUAACUUUGACAUGCAGUGUUACUUUAAAGUAUGCCUGCCACAGUGGUUUUCCUAGUAACUCAAAUACUUUUUCUUACCAUGCCCUCAAUGUACAUGUAUCAGCCUGUAUCCCAGGUGACAAACUGCAACCAUUACUUUGGCUCAAUCAGAAGCAGAUUUAUGAAGUGCACACCCAGUGGAGGUCCUUUCACUUUAUUCUCCCCUGUGGACUUUGGCUCUCUGCAUCAACUUAAGAGUAACAAUAAACCCUCUCGUUAGUUGUUAAAUCGAUGUUCUCUUCACCCAACCCGUAUGUGGUGGAACAGCCAUGUCUUGGUAGAUUUCAACAAUGCUGUUCUUAUAUUAAGAUUCAUGGAUUGAACAUUGCUUGGCUAGAUGGUUUAGAGAUCCCUUUAUCAUCUAACCCUGAUUUAAUCUUUCUCCCUGACCUGUUUGCUGUGUUCCUUAGUCCUCAUGGUGCUGCUUGUUCACUAAUCUUCUUCAACAAAUUUAAAAAGGCCAACACAGGACAGGCAGGUAAAUAUGAGUCUUCUGAAGGCAGGAUUUUAUCUAGAGUAAAUCAUUUCUUAUUCUUAUCUCUUUUAAAGCAUGAACGUUGUUAAUACAGUCUAUUCCUUCCCAUUCACUUCUGCUGUAUGUUGGACUGACACAUAAAAAUCCCCAAAAAAUAAGCUUCUGCUUUUUAAUGGGAGAACACAUUUAAAGGGUGUAAAUACUCCUGUAAUACCCUGUAGAUAAGCAUCUUAUUUUGCACCUUUCCAUUUCUUUAAUGUCCACACAGUAAGCUGGUGCGCAAUAUAAAGUACUGAGACCAGCCAAUGUGGGUUUUUGACACAUUAAGCACAUAAACACUGUUUCUUUUCUUAGUUGCACAGGAAAUGAUAACCUGGCUAUAACAUGUAAAGAGCCUGUACAUAGAGAUAUUUGUAGAAGUAGCUAAUAAUAGCAUGCGUUUGUUUCCCUCGUACUCCCACUUAGUGAAAAAAAGUGUCGCUUUUGUUAAACUGUAUGCUACAGCACCCCUGUCUCUUGCAAAGGCCUUUUCCAUGCUGAUUUUUCUAAAGUGUACUAUAUUGCAUUACUGCUCUGCUCAGUAUCCAUAGUGUUAAUAUAACUCAUACCAAAAUAAUAAAACAGAUUCUAUUACAUAGGAGUUCUAUGCAUAUAGAACAUUGGUAGCUAUUUUUUUUUUUUAAACAUGCCUCAUCCUAACAAGCUUAUGUUGUCUUUGGGUAGAUGUCCACUUGCCUGUAUUUGCUGUCCCCUGAUUCUGGCAUUUGUGCUCUGAUACUGUAUCAAAUGCCAAAACAAAAAUGUCUUAAUGUUUAGCUAAAACUGUAAAAAACAAAAAAACAAAAUAGAAAAAUUUGCAUUAACCAAGAGAAUAGGAAGAAAGGAAAUAUAAGGGAACUUUUUUUUCUCUCUGAUUCUUUAAGAUUAUUGUUUUUGUGCUUUUUUAUCAAUAGCGCCUUCAUACUUAUUUACAACCCCGAUAGAGACGUGUAAAAAGCCUUAAAAAGUAUUUGUGUAUUUAUUGCAGUGAUGUCAUUUCACAGCAACAAUUCUUAAACUUUUUGGAAUAAUUGUAUUCAGUAAUGCAAAAAUACCCUUCAUCCUUACAAAAAUACUUAAUUUUCGUACAAAAAUUACAGUUUCAUUGUGUGUUGAGUGGACUGUCAUGGCGAUGGAAAAAGCCUUUUUUUUGCCGAACCCCUUUUACAUUUAUUGUACCUUAAGAUUUAACAAAAUGAUUCUGCUAAAGGUCUCAAGACAACUGAUUUUAUUGGUAUCUCAGUAUAAAGGCCACCAUAUUUACAUUUAAAAACCUCCAGGCAUUUCAAAUAGCUGAUGAUUUCAUGCACUCUAAAAAGCACCACACACCUUUUACCUCUCUAAGGGGUUAGUAUGGGCUCCUUUCUAAAAAAAGAUGACUUUUUUAAAAGCAUAACCCACGUAGAAUUAUGAACCUUUAAAACUUAGUGACCAUAAUCUUAAUCUUAGCUCCAUGUGGCCAAAUAGAUAGGUAUUGCUUUGUAAUUUUACCAAAAAUUAUAUCUAAUCUGACUUUUACAUGAUUGCAUGUGUGAUUUAUAAAUGUGUUGUUGAAUAGAGGAGAACAAUGAUAAGGUGAAAAGCUAUAAAGGAAACAAGUCUGUCAGAUCUAAUAUAUGCUGAUAACUAUUAAUUGCAAGGCUGCAAGUUUUUUAGGAUCUGCAGGUUUCAGCUGUGUCUCUAUGUCCAUCAUAUAUGGAGACCACUUUCUGUUGCCUAUCUAGUGCAUAUGGUGUAAGUGGACUAAGAUGCUGAGGUAAAGAUUUUACUCUAAAAACAUACCAUGGAUCUAAAUUACAAGAUUCAUAAAUUUAUUUAAAAGAUAAAGCCCAAAGAAUCAUCUUCAUUCUUUGAAUGUGGGUUAAAAUAGCAUCAAGCUGAGGUUUAAGGUCCAUGUAUUUAAUCUCGGUUUAUUGUUGUUUCAGUAAAGGCCAACCAAUUAAUUCAAUUAUUUUAAUUCAAUCAAAUCUGUAUUGAAACACCAUUUCUGCUGGUGAUGAUUUUUCCAAAUGAAACUUUGAAGGCAAAUACUACUACUUUAUUUCUGUAAGCACGGGGCUGUGUGUAAAAUCUUCAUCUGCAAAUGGGUGACUGCAGUGCCAUGUAGGUUUGCAGUCUGUGAUACUGCCUCUCAAAAAACUGCAGUGGAGAUAUAGCCUUUGUCUCAUCAGUUCAAAGCGGCUGGUUCUGGGUAAAGGGCCAGUGGUGAAUACAUUUUACGUGCCUAUGCUACUAAUUUUGAGACAGAAUAUAAUUUUUGCAGAUAAUUUUCUACAAUAACUACUUUAAGUGGAUAUUAAGGAAAGCAUCAGUGAAUCACUUGAUUGGUGGACAAACAAGCAGUAAAAAUGUGGGCAGGAAUUUUUCCAACCUUUUCUUUGUUAUAUUAUUGUAUAUCUACGCCAGGGGCACUGAUAAAUAUGAAGGGUACUGUCUACAUUUGAACUCUUUUUCAGUUUAUUCUUUAUACAAAGUAUCUAUAACCUAACACUGGUCGACUUAAGUGUUAGUAUUGAACAUGUCCAAAUCCCUGUGAUCACACCAAACAGAGCAAUAUUUCACUGGCUGCAGAAACUGUGAUUUUUUUUUUUUCUUUUUGUCCUUUCGAUACAGUCUAAGUAGCCUUUAGUCUGUAGUCCUCGCUUACUGUCAGCGUCACUGACACACAGAGCCGCUAGCAUAAGGUUGAUGUCAAAUAAAUGUGUGUCCAUGUGUGUGUAGGUGGCUUUGUGGGUGGACUGUUCUGACACACACUGAAAAUAAGUUUGUUGGUCACUGAAAGAGAGCAGCUUGUACUGAGUGUCAGUGCAAUUAUCAACUUUCCUUAUUUCCAAUUGAUCCUUAUAUACAGUAUAAAUACAGAUUUUUGUUGCUAAAAGUGUACAUACAUCUGAAAACUGAAGGCAAUCUACCUUGUGAUAUAAACAGGCUAACAUGAUAGAUAAUCAAGUUACAUUUUAUUUGUUUUUAUGUAUUGAAUUUGUUUUGUUGCAGCACGUUAUAUCACUGUCUAGCUUGGUAUGCAAACACUUCCUUUCAGAAGCAAUGAAAUCCUUGGAAAUUUUUAGCUUUUUUUCCUUUAUAAUCAAAACCUCUUUGUGUUGAUGGGAUUUUAAGUGAUAGACCAACACAAAUUAUGUGUGGCUUUCAAUGUUUUUUAACGGAAAAAGAACUGAGUGUGCUAUCAUCAGUAUUCAUCCCCCUGAGUUAACAUCGUAUUGCAUAACAUCUUGUUUUGUAACUGAAGGUUAUUGGCGCUAGUUUGCAGAUCUAGAUUCUAAAAUGUCCAUUGUUUUCUGCAAAAUAACUCAGCCCCAGGCAUCCUGGAUGGACUUCUGGGGAAGACUAAUUUCUCAAGUCUUGAUGUAGACAAAUUUAUAAUGUAAGCUUCUUUAAACCUCUCCAGAGUUUAUUAUCACAGAGGAUUGGAUCUUAGAAGUGGUUUUUCACCUGGUACUGUGCUUGAAGUGGUUCUGUGUCACUCUGGGCCACAAAACAGGAAGGUUCAACACCCAUCUGAAAAAGGAAUGAUUCAGUUAAUGAAUCAUUUAAGUUAUUUGAUUACUCAAAUGUUUUGUCUGUUUGAACGGCCCAUGCAAGAAUGCCAACACUGUCACAGUGCUGACUGCGAAACCUUUUAAGAACCUUUAUUUACACAUUACAACUAUGGACUGCUUUGUGUUGGUCUCACCUUUUAGAUAUGAGGCUGUAAUUUGAAAAAAAAAAAAAGUAAAACAAUUUUCAGGGGUAGAUUACUUCUGCAAGGUGCUGUAAGAAUUAUUGUUUAGAUUUUUUAGAAAAGGCUUGAUCGGAAUAUAUGAUUUAAAUAUUUUUGAUCACAAUGUGUAAUGGUCAAAUGUGUUUGAUGUUAAAUAAACACUGUUACAACCUGAAGCACUGAUUUUUUUCCCCAAGGAAGUUCUCUCUGUAUUUCUGUUCAUUUUGCCACCUUCCACCAGAUGUUACUGUUCAUGUUCACUGUUCAUGUUUUCCAGGACCGGUGAUCACCUGCCACCCCUGUACUGCUUUUUUCUAGGCUUUGUAAUGUACUCCUUGACUGAC